UCUUCGGUCGUCUGAAAUGCACGUGACACAACAAGGAAGUCAUCGCAAAAUCGCAAAUCGUUUCGUGGAGUUUUGUGUUUGAAUGGCCUGGAUAUGAGAACGUAAGCAGACAAAAACAGUCAUGACCGAGCAGUGGACCGAGAAGAUUGGCUUUUUUUGCCGUAACCCAGUCCAUUUCUUCUCCGCGACCGGGACUACAGCCGAGACGGUCCUAGCGGAGCUUCUGCGGGAGCUGCGAGAUGACAGAGCCCCCGCUAAUGUCAAGGUUCUCUUAUUGAGCCCUUUCUGCGAGCAGCCUCUGGUGCUUUGUCCUUCACACUCUGUGGGUGAGGAGACAACCCUGGAGCUUAUGUCCGUGUAUUCACAAUGCUCUCCAAAGGCCCUCCCUCUGCGCUGUCACCUGCUAUUGGCCAUCACCUCAGUGGUAGUGUGCACAGACUGUGUCAGCCGCCGCUCCAGUGCCGCCCAGGACUUCCUUGAGUUGCUUUUAAUGAUUGUCCAAGACACCAGUGAGCUCUACGCAGACAGUACGUCCCGAUCACUGAGGGCCACUGCUUGUGACUGCCUGAGGGAGUUGGAGGCCUGCUGCCCUGGUGUUUUGUCUCAGCAUUUGGAGCUCCUCGGAGCACUACGACAAAAAGAAAGCUCCAGACUGCACCAGGCCUACUGUCAGUUGUACAGUCAGGUGAUGAGAAAUGGAGUGUAUCAGCUAGCACAGGACACUGGGACUGGACCAGAUAAUCUGAAAGCCCUUCUAGAAGGUGAUACUUCUGUAGCAUGUGAAGUUACUCAAGACUCAGAUUUGAUGACUAGUAAAGACUUUAGUGCUCUGUCAUCUCUGGUCCUGGGUCCUAUGGGUGCUGUGCCCACCCUUCGUACUGGGCCUGACUGUAAAGAGCUACGCUCAGUUCUGUCUACUCUGCUUGAGGACUCAUACCUGCUCACUCCUCUGGCUCAGGCUGCUCUGCUCCACAAGCUAAUUGAGCUGGUUGCCAUGGUUCCAGGAAUCCCACCAACCAUAUUCAGAGCACAGCUGCUGCGGCUGCUGGGCACCACUGAGGUUUCUCUCCUUCACAUAACUCUUCUGAUGAAGAGUGCCUUCACAGAUAGCCUAUUCAGUGCAGAAGAUGAAGCAUUCCUCCUAAAACGCCUGGUUGUCCUUUCCCAGCAUCCAUUGCUAAGCACAUCUGAAAAACUCUUUUAUAUGGACUGUCUCCUACAUUUUCCAGAGAAUCGUCCCAUUGGCUGUGGGGAUGAGAUGCUACCAGUGCUUUUAACACCACAAUUAGCAACUGCAUUAGUGCCAACAGUGUUCAAUGACAGUGUGACCAUGCUUAUGCGAUUCAAUCUGCUGUCUAUGGUAUAUUUAGAGGACGGGGAGGUAGAAGAUGAGGAAGGGAGGGGUCUGGCCUACUUGUAUGAGCACCUGGUUACUCUGCUUGGAAUUGUGGGAAAUGGGGGCCACCGUGAAAUAGUAACCACUUUUUUUAGAGCCUCCUUUCUUUUUCUCUCAUACUUUGGUCAUGUAGAAAACUACUCAAGCCAGCUGAUUAAACAGCUGUGUGAACUCUACCUCGAUCAUACCCACUUGGCCCCUCAACUCAUCAACUUAGCCAAUGAGACUCAAAACAAGCUGCCAGACUCAAGCUGGACAGUGGCACUACUCCAGGGCUUUCAAAGGGCCAUCAGUAAUGUGCCACUCACGAAGCUAACUGCUCAAGAACUCAACUACCAUCUUAAAAUUAUGGCUCGUGUUGCUGAGGAAAGGGACAUCCCACAAGAUGGCACACUCCACUUCCUGUUUGCUGUUGCCAUAGCAUCAUCGUCGUCCCUACUCGGAAAUUGGCGAUUGGGCAACAGUAUAUUAGCGGUUUGUCGCUGUUUACUAACACACCCAGGCCUAGACACUUGGCUUGUAACUUUAGCUGAUAUCCUCCAGCACAUGGCCACCAGCUAUAGAGACACAGACAUCCGGGACCACAGUCGCUUUUACUAUACACUUCUCACUAACCUAUCCAAAGAGAAGCUAGCUGGGAUGUUAGAAAGGGGCACCGCUACAGAGGGAGAUCAUGUUAAGAAGAGAACACUGUCUUGCAUUGUAGCUGAGAGCGAGGGCCAGGCUAGCAUUUUAACCAUUCAAAGGAUGGAGAAAGAGGUUUUAAAACUUGUAGAACUCAAGUCUGUUGAGCCGCAACAGCUUUCAGAAGAUUACAAGGACGGGCCAUGUGAUUCCAUAGAAGCAGUGGCAGCAUAUAGAGCUCAAUUUGACAGUCCUGACUUUGCAUCAGAAGUUACCAUAAAUUACCAUCUGGAUCACAGUGAGAAAAGUGUCUCUCAGUUUGACCACCUUUACAGUAUUCGUCUACACUUGAGCCUAACAGAUGACCAUUACGAGGAACUAAGAGACAUCAGUGUACCAUGUCUCUUCAGAAAAAAGCCUCCUCCCAUCGUAAAACUGAAGUUAAAGCCAAGGCAGCCAUACCCUACCACUCUUCACGCAAGUACCGUUUUCACCACACAAGAUGGACUCACUUGGUAUUCUGAACUUCCAGACAUACAUAUCUCUUUUCAGCAGACUUUCUGUCUGGUACCUGUACCAUCAGCUUGGGGUCGACUCGAUAAACUUAAGCUGUUCAAUGCUCUGUGGAAGGAGAUCUGCUCAGAAUGUGAGGAUGUGGUGGAAUCUGCUAAGAGUCUAUUUUGCUGUCAGUUAGAAAAAGAAGAAUUGGAAACAUUGGUUGACAAGCAUUUCAAAGCGUACCUUGUGGAGGAUGAUAGUGACCAGGGAGAGCUCAGAGUGUUGGUAUUUUUGCCACCUUUGUCUCACAUGCUGCUGAAGAUCAGACGUGAAGAUGAUGCUGUGAACUUUGAUAUAGCGACAGACAACUGGCAUCUUCUGCCACACAUUAAUUCAUUUUUACAGGAAGUAACAUCACAGUAAGCAUCCCCAGAUGACAGCUAGCAGAUUAUUCUUUUAAUAAGCAUUUUAACAAAAUAUCACAUAUCGUUAAAUGUAGCCUUUUUUGAAGAUUUAAAAAUCUAAAAUUCAAUGGCAUUAAAUGUACAAAGCAGGUAUGAUGAAUACAAAAGGGGAAUUUCAGUAUAGACAGUAUCAAGUCUUAUGUUUCCUUCAGUGCCUGAUUUUUACUUGCAUUUUUAAAUAUAUGUGUGUGUUUUCACAGAUGUUUUUGGUGUUUCAGUGACAGGAAAAGAGUGGUGGAAAGUUGAAACAAAAGAUACAGAGGAUUGCUUAUAGUUUAUUGUACAGAGCUCUAAAUUAAGUAAAGGUGGAUUUGCAGUAA